UUUGUACUAGUACAAAAUCCAAACCCAUCCUAAUCGUGAUGGUCCAUCGCCUAGUCUCUCUCUCUGUCUCUUGAGAUCUCUGCGCAUAUGAAUACCGCCGUCUCCAUGGAGGCCUAGAGGGGCCAUCGAUAAGGAACUUAUCUCUAUUCCCAAAAACCCUAACCCGCUCCCGUUCAAAUCCCUUAAUUACCCUUCCCCCUCUCACCUAUGAAAAUUCUUUACCAAGUCAUUUCUUCCAGAGCUAACAUUCUAAAGCAUACCCAAACUCGCGUUCCUCGAUCACGAAUCCUCACUGUACAGCUUUCUUCAUCUCCGAUUCCAUACCUUUCUUUUCCUCAGAACCAACCGCAGCUCGUUGCACUAUAUGCUUCCUAGAAAGAGAGCUGUGGAAGGCCAGGUUGUUGACGGUAGAGACACUUGCGUUGAUCCGGAGAACUUGGUGAAGAAGCAGAGGACCGGUUGCUUGAUCUCAUCCGCAGCUAUAGAAAAGACUAGCGGGUCCUCAGGUACCAACAACACGGGGAACAGAAGCUCCACCACCAACGGUUGCUCUAGCGCCAGUAAGAGUGUUGGAGAACCGUCUCUGAAGGACAUGGCGUAUGAUGAUGGUAAUCCUCACGACAUCGACGAGGAUCUCCAUAGCAGGCAGCUUGCUGUCUAUGGUCGGGAGACAAUGCGUCGUCUUUUUGCUUCAAAUGUUCUCGUUUCUGGACUGCAAGGCCUAGGGGCUGAGAUUGCCAAGAAUCUUGUCCUUGCUGGGGUGAAGUCUGUCACAUUACAUGAUGAAGGAAAUGUGGAGCUGUGGGAUUUGUCAAGCAAUUUUAUAUUCUCAGAGACCGAUGUUGGUAAGAACAGGGCACUUGUUUCUGUACAGAAACUCCAAGAACUCAACAAUGCUGUUCUAGUCUCAACCUUGACCACAAAAUUAACAAAAGAAAGACUCUCUGAGUUUCAGGCUGUGGUGUUCACCGAUAUAAGUUUAGGAGAAGCAGUUGAGUUUAACAAUUAUUGUCAUACUCAUCAACCACCUAUAGCAUUCAUUAAAGCGGAUGUUAGAGGCCUUUUUGGUAGUGUGUUCUGUGAUUUUGGUCCCCAAUUCACAGUCUUUGAUGUUGACGGAGAGGAACCCCAUACGGGCAUCAUUGCUUCAGUCAGUAAUGAUAGCCCUGCCCAAGUAUCUUGUGUUGAUGAUGAGAGACUUGAGUUUCAGGAUGGGGAUUUAGUUGUCUUCUCUGAAAUUCGGGGCAUGACAGAAUUGAAUGAUGGAAAGCCAAGAAAGAUUCUAUCCUCCAGGCCUUACUCUUUCACACUUGAUGAAGAUUCAACAAAUUUUGGUGCUUAUGAAAGGGGUGGCAUUGUUACUCAGGUAAAACAACCAAAAGUUUUGAACUUCAAACCAUUGCGAGAAGCUCUUAAGGAUCCUGGAGAUUUUCUUCUCAGCGAUUUCUCGAAGUUCGACCGCCCUCCACUUCUGCAUUUAGCAUUUCAAGCACUAGAUCAGUUCAGGUCUGACUUUGAUCGUUUUCCCAUUGCUGGGUCUGAAGAUGAUGCAGUUAAACUUAUCUCUAUUGCCAAAGGUAUUAAUGAAAGUGCUGGAGAUUCAAAAGUUGAAAAUGUUGAUACAAAGCUUCUUAGAAGCUUCUCCUUUGGUGCUCGUGCUAUACUUAAUCCCAUGGCUGCGAUGUUUGGUGGUAUUGUUGGGCAGGAGGUUGUAAAGGCCUGCUCUGGAAAGUUUCAUCCUCUUUUUCAGUUCUUCUACUUUGACUCAGUGGAGUCGCUUCCAACUGAGACACUGGAAGCUAUUGAUUUCAUGCCUUUGAAUAGUCGGUAUGAUGCACAAAUUUCAGUUUUUGGGAAAAAAAUUCAAAAGAAGCUUGAAGAAGCCACAGUGUUUGUUGUCGGAUCUGGUGCAUUGGGAUGCGAGUUUCUAAAGAACUUAGCUCUCAUGGGAAUUUCUUGCAGCAGUCAAGGAAAGCUAACAGUAACUGAUGAUGACGUGAUAGAGAAAAGUAAUCUUAGCCGACAGUUUCUCUUCCGUGAUUGGAACAUUGGCCAGGCUAAAUCUACUGUUGCUGCUGUUGCCGCUACAUCAAUAAAUUCCAAGUUUAAUAUUGAAGCUCUCCAGAACCGUGUGGGUCCCGAGACUGAAAACGUGUUUGAUGAUACUUUUUGGGAGAAUCUUAGUGUUGUUGUGAAUGCCCUUGACAAUGUUAAUGCAAGGCUUUAUGUUGAUCAAAGAUGCUUGUAUUUCCAGAAGCCACUUCUUGAGUCGGGAACUCUUGGUGCCAAAUGUAACACUCAAAUGGUCAUCCCACACCUGACGGAAAACUAUGGUGCAUCACGUGAUCCUCCGGAGAGACAAGCACCAAUGUGCACUGUGCACUCUUUUCCACACAACAUUGACCAUUGCUUGACUUGGGCUCGUUCAGAGUUUGAGGGUCUGCUUGAAAAGACACCAGCCGAAGCAAAUGCUUAUCUCACUAAUCCGAGCGAGUACACAUCUGCACAGACAAAAUCUGGUGAUGCUCAAGCAAGAGAUAACUUGGAACGUGUUCUUGAGUGUCUUGACAAGGAAAGAUGUAAAACCUUUGAAAAUUGCAUUUCAUGGGCACGCCACAGGUUUGAAGAUUACUUUGCGAACCGUGUCAAACAAUUGAUAUUCACAUUUCCUGAGGAUGCUGCAACAAGUACUGGAGCCCCUUUCUGGUCUGCACCCAAGCGUUUUCCUCAACCCCUGCAGUACUCUUCAAAAGAUCAGAGCCAUCUCCAUUUUAUCAUGGCAGCUGCCAUAUUGCGUGCUGAGACAUUUGGAAUCCCCAUCCCAGUCUGGGCCACACAACCAAAGGAACUGGCUCAAGCUGUUGAUAGGAUCAUUGUCCCCGAGUUUAAACCCAAGGAAGGUGUGAAAAUCGUGACAGAUGAGAAGGCUACCAGUCUUUCAGCUGCUUCAAUUGAUGACUCUGUGGUUAUCAACGAACUCAUAAGGAAGCUGGAGCAGUGUCGGGAGAAUCUACCCUCAGACUUCAAGAUGAAACCUAUUCAAUUUGAGAAGGAUGAUGAUACAAACUACCAUAUGGAUCUCAUUGCUGGUCUUGCUAACAUGAGGGCUAGAAACUACAGCAUACCUGAAGUGGACAAGCUGAAAGCCAAAUUUAUUGCUGGGAGGAUUAUUCCUGCCAUUGCUACCUCCACAGCGAUGGCUACUGGCUUGGUUUGUCUUGAACUGUACAAGGUCCUUGCCGGGGGGCACAAGGUGGAAGACUAUCGCAACACGUUUGCCAACCUUGCACUGCCUCUUUUCUCGAUGGCUGAACCAGUUCCACCAAAGGUUAUCCAGCAUGGAGAUAUGAAAUGGACUGUUUGGGACCGAUGGGUUAUCAAGGACAACCCAACUCUCAAUCAGCUCAUUGAUUGGUUGAAAGAGAAGGGGCUGAAUGCGUACAGUAUUUCAUGUGGUAGCUGCCUGCUUUACAACCAGAUGUUCCCCAGGCACAGGGAUCGGAUGGACAAGAAGAUUGUUGACUUGGCAAGGGAUGUUGCCAAGCUGGAGUUGCCGCCAUAUCGCCGCCACUUGGAUGUCGUGGUGGCCUGUGAGGAUGAUAAUGGUGAUGACAUUGAUAUCCCUCUGGUUUCUGUUUACUACAAGUAGAGCGAGCUCUUUUUUAUUUCUCUGUCUCGGUUACUUUGAGUGACCUUUUUUCACUCCCAUGUCUAUGCUGACACUUGACAUUGUUCAACAACUUUGUUCUCAAAGUCAUAAAUCAGACUCAUUGUUGACUUGUUUUAUCUUCAUUGUUGACUUCUUUUAUCUUCACAUACUCAGUGAUGGCUUGGAUUCAAUGAUUCAUUUGAGAAUGCAUUAAGCAGCACAGUAGAUUC